AAUAAUUUAUCCCUUUUGACGGUGAAGACAAAGGAAAGUGCUCUUCAAAUUGGUCUGACCACGUUUGUAUUUAUUUUUCAACAAUCGAUUGAAAAAUAACGAAAUGGCUGGAGAUGAGUCUAAGUCAAGCUUGUCCAGCAAUGUUUUACAAAUGAAGUUUAUGAAAAGGAGUGCACUUAGAAUAGAAAAAGAAAAAAGUGAAGAAGAAAGGAAACAUGAAAUAGAUGAUGAACAUUGGGUGUUGGAUCUGCCGCCUAUUGAACAAAGAGAAAGUAAAUAUGUUUUAGAGCCAAGCUAUGAAAGAUGUGAAAAUUUAAUGUAUGGAAGGAUGUCUUUCAAAGGUUUCAACACCGAAGUAGAGAAAUUGAUGGUCCAAAAUAAUGCCAGACUCCAAUUAGAAGAUGCUGAAAGAAGAGAAAAUGAAACCAGUGUUAAUGAUGAAGAGAUGGCUCAAAGAUUCCAAAGUUUGAGUGAUACAAUAAACAAAAGAUUUUUAACAAAACGGCAAAGACAGACAGAACCAGAAGAAAACUCCAAAUCUUCCAGGAAGAAAGUGAAAAAACAAUUUAUCAAGCCUGCCGAUGAUUGACAGACAGCAAAGAUAUAGACUAUGAUGUUUGUCAGUGUGCAAACAGUUAAACUGUUAAUCCUGUACGCAAAUAUCUUAUAGAUAUGAAGAUAGUGUCUUUAAUGUUUUUGGUACGGAUAGGAUCAAACUGUGUACGAUGGAAUUUGGCAAUAUUUCAGUCCUGACAAGAGAAGUGGUUAUGGUCUUUCCAUAUUGCAAUAUUAUUGUACAUCAUUUGGAAUUGUGCAGCACAGGGUGAUUGAUAUCUAUUUGGUUAUAUGGUUUUAGAAAUGCUCUGUACGAGUUUAUAUCAGAUAAAGAUUGCUGCAGUUCAUAGAAACGUACAUGUCCAACAUUUAGGACAAUUACAGUAAAACCCCUGCAGAGCAACACCCAUUUGGACAGAAAUGAUUUUGUUUGCUGAUUUC